GCAACAAAGAGAACAUUGGGGUGACAUAGAAGAAGAAGAGGAGUUGGAAGAGUUGAAUGAGCCACCAUCGAACCGAGUUGGUGAUGAAUAGGCGUCGAAAUUGGGAGCAUCCAAUUGAAACAUGGGAAGAGAUGUAGGCAGUGAUGAGGAAGCGCUUUGUACCCAGCCAUUAUUACCAUGAAUUGUACAAAAAGUUACAAGGGCUUAGGCAAGGACAUCAGAGUAUGGAGGAGUAUUAUCAAGAGAUGGAGAAACUCAUGAUUAUAGCCAAUGUAAAAGAAGACAAAGAGGCAACCAUGGAAAAAUUCUUGCAAGGAUUGAAUCCAAACAUCCAUGACCAGAUGGAGAUGCAACAUUAUGUGGAGCUAGAAGACAUGGUGUACAUGGCCAUCAUUGUGGAACGACAGCUCAAAAAGAGCGAACGUACAUGUGCUAGCCAUAACCCAGGGUCUAAUCCUUGGAAACCAAACAAAGAUUUAGAUACUGAUGAAAUGCCACCAGUAGAGGAUGCCUAUGAGGAGGAGUUUGCUAUACAAGGAGAUUUGUUGGUGGAGAUGGGGGCUUUAAGUGUGCAAGAAAAUGACGUGGAUGAAGUGCAACAAGAGAACAUCUUUCACGCUAGGAUUACAAGGAUGUAUUUCUUGAAGAAACGCCACCUGGAUUACCUCCAAUAUGAGAGAUUGAACAUCAAAUUGAUUUUGUACCAGGUAAGUGAAUUAAUGGAGAAGGGGUAUGUGAGGGAAAGCAUGAGCCCAUGUACUGUUCUUGUUCUACUUGUGCCUAAGAAGGAUUGGACUUGGAAGAUGCGCAUUGAUUGUAAAGCCAUCAACAGCAUUACGGUAAAGUAUCGAUAUCCUAUUCCUUUCUUAGAUGACAUGAUGGAUGAGUUGUAUGGUGUUUGUGUAUUUUCAAAAAUUGAUUUGAAAAGUCAGCAUAAGUUGAACAAGAGGCAUGCGCGAUGGAUGGAGUUCAUCAAGAUGUUUCCAUACGCCAUCCGGUAUAAGCAAGGUAAGGAGAAUGUGGUUGCUGAUGCACUUUCUCACUGGGAAUCCCACAGCGGAAGGUUAAUGGGGCAUUUUGGAGUUGCUAAGACCUUAGCUAUUUUGCAGGAACACUUCUUUUGGCCACACAUGAAAAGAGAUGUUGAGAGGAUUUGUGGUAGAUGUGUCACAUGCAGGCAAGCAAAAUCCCGAGUGCAAUCCGUUGGUUUUGUAUAUGCUACUACCUACUUCCAGUGAACCUGGAAUUGAUAUUUUCAUGGACUUUGUGUUAGGUUUACCUAAGACUAGGCAUGGAAAAGAUUCAAUCUUUGUGGUUGUGGAUAGGUUCUCUAAGAUGGCACGUUUUAUCCCAUGUCAUAAAACGAAUGAUGCUUC